AUGUCCGCCAGCCUCCGCGACGCCGCCGCCGCCGGGGCGGAUGAGGACCCGAGCUACGACCCGAGCUACGAGCAGCGCGCCUCGUGGGAGCUGCUGGUGGUGCAGGUGGGCAACGGCCUGGGCGAGCGAGAGCGGAUCUUCACGGCCCUCGAAGUCGAAUGGCAGCAGCAGCAGCAGCAGGCCCGGGUGCGUCUGGUGGAGGAGCGGGGCACGAACCUGAGCCACGCCUUCAACGCGGCGGCCUCCCACGCACGCGGCACACACCUCCUGUUCUUCCUCGAGACCAUGGAGGUGCCCGCCCGCUCCGGCUUCACCUUCCCGCCGCCGCCGCCGCCGCCGGGAAACGCCGUAGACAACGUCCUCGACUACCUCCUCUCCGUCAUCCACCAAGACCACCACGGCACGGUGGGUGUGGUGGGUUCCAAGGUGGUCUACGGCGGAGAGGACGUGGUGCACCACGCCGGCAUCGGGUGGCUCAACGUCCGCUUUCCCCACGAACACUUCGUCUGGGGCGAUGACGCCGACGCGCGCGGCAAUGUGCCCUUCCCCUACUUCCGGGCGCAGGGGCUGCACACGCUCAACAAACGCGUCAACAACGUGCGGGAGGGUGGAGAAGAGGCCACCGGUGAGGCCAUGGGCUCACGCACGCGGCGCGCGGCCCACCGAGCGUCGGGAGCUGAGGACUCGGACGACGACAGCGGCGGCGAGCAGGUCCGCACGGUCUUGGAAAGAGGCGUGCCUCUCGCGAAGCGUCGCCAGGAGAUGGAGGCGGUGAGCGUGAAGGGCAUGUUCACGAGCCGUCGGCUGUUCCGCAGCCUGGGCGGUUUCCACGCGGCCAAGUUCGGGGACCAGUACUUUGAUGUGGACUACUGCCUGCGCGUGGCACGCGCCGCCGCCGCCGCCACUGCCGACGACCCCUCGCCCGCUGGCGACAGUCACGCCGCGUCGUGGCCACGAGUUUCCUCUUCCGCGCGGCACCUGCGGGUCAUCUACGAUCCCCACGCUGUCUUCUACCACUACGAUCCCCACCCUUACCACGAGGAAGCGCUCUCUCCGCAGUCGCGUGACGCCAUUGCAUUUGCCGACAAGUGGGAAGCGCACCCCACGCUCCGAGCCUUGGUCGAUCGAUCAAAGAACGGCGGUCUGGCCAACACGACGGUGAUUUGGAACAUGGAGUGCGGCCUCGGCCAGGUGCUGGGCUUCACGGUGGAGGGCAUCAACUUCGUGCUGGGCCUCAACGAGCUGGUCUACGUCAUGGUGGAGCCGACGGCCUUUGACGCCUGCUACAAGGACCUCCAAAAGGCGGGACUGGCGGCUUCUACGCUGGCCGUGUUCCGAGCCGCCAAUCAGCGGAGGGCCGACGCCCCUCAGGAGGCCGGCAAUACGAUCUAUCUCGUCCUGCACAGGGACCCGGGUCGCUACUCGUCUCAUUUGUACGACCUGCGCGGGGUGGAGCCGGACUACAUCAUCGGGCGUUCCAUGUUCGAAACAGACACCAUCCCCUUCCCGUGGAUCGGUUCCAGCGCCAAGGCACUCGUCGUUGGCGGCGGCUGGCGGCUGGUGGACGAGAUCUGGGUGCCCUCCGACUUCAACACCAGGACCUUUGCCGGCGCGGGCAUCCCUGCGCGGAAGCUGCACCAGAUAGGGGAGGCGCUUGAUGCGUCGGUGUUCGAUCCGGAAGCCGUGCGGCGGCCGUUGCCGCUCGCGAACCGGGCCAAGUUCAACUUCAUGACCAACGGCAAGUGGGAACAGCGCAAGGGGUGGGACGUGCUCCUGCGCGCCUACUACGCCGAAUUCGCCGCCAAGGGGGCCAACGACGUGGCGCUCCACUUCGUCGCCCGCAUGAACGACGAGGCCAGGGAACAGUUUCGCGCCUUCCAGCACAACAUCUCCCGCGAGUUGGGGGUGCCCGUGGGCGAGUUGCCCCGUGUCGAGUUUGCCACAGAAAUCGUCCCCUUCCCACUCAUGCCGGCGCUCUACAAGGCUGCCGAUGCGUUUGUGUUGGCCACGCACGGAGAGGGCUGGGGCCUGCCCCUCAUGGAGGCCAUGGCCAUGCAGAUUCCCACCAUCGCCACCAAUUGGAGUGGUAGCACACAGUUCAUGAAGGAGGGCAAUUCGUUUGGGGUCGAGGUGGAGGGCCUCGUUCCAGCUUCGACCCGGGAGCACCAAUGGGCGCAGCCCUCUCACGCGCACCUCCGUCGGCUGAUGCGCCUCGUCUACACGGCCCAUCAAACGGCAUCCAGAAUCAUCAUCAUCAUCAUCGUCGUCAUCAGGGAGCCCACGUCGCCCGAGCGUUCGCAAGUGGCGGCGGUGGUGGCGCAGGCACGAAGGGACGUGCUGGCACACUGGGGCCUGGGCCACGUGGCACGCAGCGUGGUGGACCGGCUACGCGAGAUCAAGUCUUCGGGCAAGCUGGCCGAGGCCAAGCGCGCUCGCACCCCGGCCUCCCGUUACUCGGCCUACUCGUACUCCUCCGGUACUUCGUCGUCGGCGGCGUCGUCGUUGUCGUCGACCACGGCGGAGACGCCCGGGCGCAAGAAGAUCAAGAUCGUGAACGACCUUUGA